AUGGAUUCUGAUGAGAUUCUCCCUGGUGCUCCUCCAUUGGUGGAGGAAGAUCUAGAUGAAAACUAUCCGAAUCGCCCGCAUAACCAUGGUCCAACACUCGCAUUUCACGAUCUGUACUCAGAACUCUUCAAGUCGCUGAAUGAGAUAAAAAAGAGGCCAAAGGUUUCAGCUCUGACAAAGCGGAAGCUCGGUUCAAAAGAUAAUGGCAUCUCCACCUUGAACCCAUAUGAGAUGCGUCGCGAUGUUAUCGUCCGCUUUAUUUCGAGGUGGCGCAAAGAGGUUGGCAAUGAUAUCUAUCCAGCAUUUCGAUUGAUCUUACCUGAAAAAGACCGACACCGACCAAUGUACGGUAUCAAAGAAAAAAUCAUCGGCAAAAUGCUGAUCAAGAUAAUGAAGAUCAAUAAAGACUCAGAAGAUGGAUACAACCUCCUCAACUGGAAGCUGCCAGGAAUGUCUGGUGCUGCUCGGAUGGCAGGUGACUUUGCUGGACGCUGUCAUGAUAUUCUAUCUAAAAGACCCAUGCGAACAGAGCCGGGUGAUAUGUCUAUUGAAGAAGUGAACGAUAAGCUGGACAAGCUUUCGGCAGCCUCAAAAGAAGAAGAACAGCUGCAUAUCUUGACUGAGUUUUAUCGCCGUAUGAAUCCGGACGAGCUUAUAUGGCUUAUUCGUAUCAUUCUACGGCAGAUGAAGGUCGGUGCUAGUGAGCGCACAUUCUUUCAUGUCUGGCACCCAGAUGCAGAGAGUCUGUACAGCAUUUCUAGUAAUCUGCGACGGGUCUGCUGGGAGCUUUAUGACCCAAAUAUUCGACUUGAAGCAGAGGAUCGCGGAAUCAGAUUAAUGCAGUGCUUCCAGCCUCAGUUGGCUCAAUUCCAAAUGAAUUCAUUUGACAAAAUGAUUUUGCGAAUGCGAACAACAGAAGACGAUCCUGUCUUUUGGAUCGAGGAGAAAAUGGACGGCGAACGGAUGCAACUUCACAUGGCCCCUGACGAUUUUGUUCAGGGAGGUCGCAAGUUUGCCUUUUGGUCACGCAAGGCCAAGGACUACACUUAUCUAUACGGCAAUGGAAUUCAUGAUGAGCAUGGUGCCCUGACAAGGCAUUUGAAGGACGCCUUCAUGGACGGUGUUCAGAGCAUGAUUCUAGAUGGUGAGAUGAUCACAUGGGAUCCUGAACAAGAUGCUAUGGUUCCAUUUGGGACACUCAAAACUGCAGCUUUGGCGGAGCAGCGAAACCCAUUCUCAAAUGGGCCACGUCCUCUUUUCCGAGUCUUCGAUAUCUUGCAUCUCAAUGGUCGUGAUUUGACCAAAUACACUCUCCGUGAUCGUCGAAAUGCAUUGGAAAAGACUAUCCGCCCUGUUCGUCGUCGAUUUGAAUUGUUGCCGUACAAGGAAGCGACAUCAGCCGCAGAAAUUGAGACGGCCUUGCGAAAGGUCGUCGCACAAGCCUCGGAGGGCCUCGUACUGAAAAACCCGCGAUCUCAGUAUCGUUUGAAUGAACGUCACGAUGACUGGAUGAAAGUGAAGCCAGACUACAUGACUGAAUUCGGCGAGUCUCUUGACGUGGUAAUCAUAGGUGGCUACUAUGGGCAAGGUCAUCGAGGAAAUAACCUUGCAAGUUUCCUAUGUGGUCUACGCGUUGAUGACGGUAACUCACAAGGCACGCCACAAGAAAAAUUCUGGUCUUUCUGCAAGGUUGGUGGAGGUUUUAUAGCCGCCGACUACCGGGAGCUCCGUCAUUUCACAGACGGGAAAUGGAAGAUAUGGGAUUCAAAUAAGCCGCCUUCUCAGUACAUCGAGCUUGCAGGUGGUGACUCUCAAUAUGAAAAGCCUGAUAUGUGGAUAAAGCCAUCUGAAUCUCUUGUGGUAUGCGUGAAGGCAUCCUCUACUGCUGUUAGCGAGGAGUUCCGGAUGGGCCUGACCCUUCGCUUUCCUCGCUUCAAGAAGUUUCGCAAAGAUAAGAAUUGGGAAACUUCGCUAUCUGUUCAAGAGUUCUUGAACCUCAAAUCGAAUGUGGAGAAAGAGCACCGUGAAAAGGAGUUCCAAGUGGAUAACACCCGCAAGAAGCGUGCUAAACGAGCAGAGAAGAAGCCGUUAACAGUUGCAGGCCACGAAGAAAAGGAGGUGCAGUACGCUGGUCCAUCAGGUCAUAUUUUUGACACACUCAAUUUCUUCAUAAUGACAGACGCACGUGUGCCGGAGAAGAAAUCCAAAGGCGAACUAGAGCAGCUAGUGAAAGCCAACGGCGGGAAAAUAUUCCAAACUAAUAAUGCAGCGUCGGACACCAUUUGCAUUGCUGAGCGCCGGACCGUGAAAGUAGCUUCCCUACAAAAGCAUGGCAAUUUCAAUAUUAUCAGGCCAUCCUGGUUGCUUGACUGUUUGAAGCACAGUGAGAGAGAUGCGGGAUUGUCUGACCUUUUACUCCCAUUCGAACCAAGGCACAUGUUCUUCACAAUGGAAGACCGUGAUGAUGAAAUUCAAAUCAAUGUGGAUCGAUUCUCGGACAGCUAUGCGCGCAACACGAAUUUGGAUGAACUCACAGAUAUCCUAAGGCACAUGGCUGAGAAUGAAAAGCCAGUGGAUCCGUUGGAUGCUCGUACACUCCAUAAAAUCGAAGGUCUCAUCCAGGAUAAAAUCGAUUCGGGGUAUACAGCACCCUGUGGCUGGCUCUUCCAUCGCCUGGCCUUCUUUUUCUGCGAAGGUAGCGAUACAAGCAAUGCUGAACAGAAAGAACCCAGUGACAUUCGUCUACAACUUGCACGAAACACUGCAUUGUUUGGCGGAGCGGAAAUUGCUUCCUCCAUCCAAAGCCCGGAAGUCACUCAUAUAAUUGCAAAUCCAGAUCUUUUGUCAUCGGAUGAGAGAGUGUCCCUGCGACAGGCACUCUCUGAGAGGCCAGGGAAGAAAUUGCCCAACCUUGUCAGUGUGGCUUGGCUGGAGGAGAGCUGGGCAAAUGGAACAUUACUGGAUGAAGAACGUGAGUACUCCAUGCUUGAAGGCGUUUUGACUAGCCUCUUUGGUCUGGUCAACAUUAUUGAGAUUCUCUGA